AUGGUGUCGCUCUAUGGCAAGAACAAGAACGCAAUGACGUUGCGGCCACGCGCGCGCCGCGCUACACCGCUCAUGGACGUCGGACUCGCGGUGAUUGCGGGAGCCGUGACUGGCGUGUACAUCUUUAAAGAUUCGCUGCAACGCUGGCAGCUGUCGGAGGACGAAGGCGAGGCAACCGACGCGAGCAAAACGGCGUCGAACGCCCGAGCUGCAACAAGUGACGAAACGGCAAGCAACUAG